GUAGGGUACCGUUGGUUGAUCUGGAGUCUGGACCCGCGGAAAUCGCUCCCGCUCCUGUCAUCCAUUUCUCCCGGCCUCUUUCUCUUUCCAUCUGAGCUGCUCUUUCCAUGAAACCUCUCUUUGAAGCUUUGAACCGUUAACCAAAGGCAAGGGACUAGUGGGGAUUUCCCUUCGCGUUCUUGACUCUCCACACACCCUGCUGUUCUCUGCUCGUGCCACAGGGACAUGAAAAACAUCGAUCGUCUCGCCCGAGGGAAAUUUUCAGGAUCAUCAUGUUGCCUUUGCUAGCUCGAACAGGGAGGCACCGGCAAAGAUAUGAGGACCAACUUCGUCUCGUUGCUGGGUGCAUUCCUUACAGGCUAAAAGAAGAUGUCGAUGAUCACAGUUAUGAUCUGGUGAAUAGGUUGGAAGUGCUUAUGAUUUCUUCACCAAAUCGGGAUGACCUUGUAUUUCCAAAAGGUGGGUGGGAGGAUGAUGAAUCUGUUUGGCAAGCCGCAUGUCGUGAGGCCUUGGAGGAAGCAGGAGUGAGAGGAAUUCUUGAUGAAAAUCAGCUGGGAGUUUGGGAGUUCAGAAGCAAGAGCAGACAGGAUAGCAGUAGCCUGGAAGGAGGUUGUAGAGGUUACAUGUUUGCACUGAGGGUUACCGAGGAGCUCAACUCCUGGCCGGAGCAGGCUAGCCAUGACAGGAAAUGGCUGACAGUUGGAGAAGCAUUCAAACUCUGCCGGUAUGAAUGGAUGCGUAGUGCUCUUGACCAAUUUCUGAGAGUUCUUUCAAAGAAAAUGGAACAAAGAGAGAGGGAAAUUCUGAUGGAGCCUCCUUCAGUUCCAGUGACAGAGCAUCGGAUUGUCCCACCAAACUGCUUUGUGACGCCUUGUGGUUCUCAGCCACUGGAUGAGACCUAUGAUUGUGUAGUCGCAGGUCUGGUGGACCCUUCAUCGGUUCCAGUGCCUGAGCAUCCGGUCUUGCCACCAAACUGCUAUGUGAAGAAGCCUCCUGGGUCACCACACCUUGAUGAGCCCCAUGAUUGUGUUGUCCAGGGAUGAUGACCAAGAUGUGGCAUUUCCAAAUGAGAGGGAGCAGAGACUCUCCCCGGUUGGAGAGCUUCUUCUGUGAAGAGCCAUCAACAACUUUUUGGCCAGUCAUCCGAAUUUCUUCUUACCUUCUCCUGUGAAGAGCCAUCAACAGCUUUUUGGCCAUCUUCAGUCACUUGCUCGGUGCUGUUCUGUGGGUCUUGUUUGAUUGUGGUACGGUUCUGAAAGUGAACUUCUGUUAACUUACAAGUUGAAAAGCAAAUAAACACCAAAUUUCAUCCUA